UCAUUCAUAAAAGAAUGCUACCAACAUAGGAAAAGUAAAUAAACUCAUCAAGAUUACAUAGAUCUAUCAAUCUAUGUGAUAUUAAGAUUGUCUCAAUCAAACACUGAACAGUCCACAACAGUGUUUGUGUCCAAUUUAGAUCUCUAGAUCUGCUCUCUAGAGACUGUCUAGACUAGUAACAGUUGUAUACAAAUGAAGCAAGAAGAAGCUGUUGCCAAGCCAAAAGGCAUUGGACUUAAUCAUGGUGCCAAAUCUUUACUUCGCAAUGUCAUCCGUCACACAGAUACGCAUAAUAGGUUCAAAGAAGAAGCUGCAAUGUGGAAUCUACACAAUAAGAUCAAAAGCAGUCAGGCUGACAGUGAUGAUGAAUCAAGAAGAAAAAAAGAGCGAAGAUCUAGAAGUGAUGGAGGACAUUUUUUUAAGGAUCAGGACAUACAAAACUCAUUUCUGUAUGAUGAAAGAGAGGAGAUGGACUGGAGGAGUAAUGGGACCAAGCGAGCCCACAUGGAUGAUGCUACGGAUGGUAGAGGGAACAAGUCCAAAACUGCUGGACAGAGCACCUACUGGCUGAGGCAGCUUCAUGACUUUGAGGAAGCUGAUCCAGAUAGAUGGGGGCAUGGUGGAUUUAAAGAGCUCUAUCCUGAAGUCUACGACAGUGACCGUAGUAACUCAAAGUCUUCUGAGCACAAAAAGAAAAGGAAAAAGAAGAAAAAGAAAGAGAAAAAAGAAACACAUUCGAAGAAGCAAAAAAAGAAGAAAAGAAAAAAUGAUCCAGACCAAGACAGAGGUAGAGUAGAGAAACAUAAAGACAAGAAGAGAUAUUCCAUAUCUGACAGGGAUGAUUUAUUAGAUAAACACAAUGAUAAACCUAAAGCCCAACAGAAAUAUUCUCCUUCUGACAGUGAAGAUUCCACACAUGAACUCAGUAGGAAGCAUAAAGUUAAAAGAAAAUAUUCUCAAUCCUACAGUGAAGGUUCUACAAAUAAGCAUAGCAAAAAACGUAAAGUCAAAGAGAAAUAUACCAGAUCAGAUAGUGAAGAGUCUACAGAUGGACACUCUUCGAAGAAAAGAAAGCACAUUGACUCAAGUGGCAAUGAACAUAGGGAGAAAGCUAGGACUAAAACAAAGAAAAUUAAGAAGAGAAAACGCUACUCUAAAACUGAGAAUGAAAAAGACAGAAUGAAUGAUAGUGAUCAUGACUCCUAGUACAUUGUUAUGUAUUUUUAGGCCAAGUAGCUGGGCCAUUUUAAUGGCUUCUAAUCAUUUUAAAUGUGGUCUGUGAAUGCAUGACAUAAGUUUUGAUUAAUGGUGUUGUGGAUCUGAAAUCGAUUGGAAGAUAAAAGAAUUUCAACUCUUAGACAACGCUGAAAUUAACAAUAUUCGAUUGCAAGAGUUUUUGUAAAUUAACUUGUUAAGUUUUGUGACUAGUCUCCUAUUUUAAAUUCUAGUUUGCAGUGCAAAGUUUUGAUGUAUGACCAUCACAAUAAAUAUAAAAAUAUAGGUUAGUACUUAUUAAGCUAAUAUUCCUUCACUUAUUUGGGGUAAAUCAGAAAGAUUGAUGAUAUUAAAUGUUUAAACUUUGUCAAGUUAUCUUUCUUUAUUGGAUCACAUGAUAUGAUUUCUUUUCAUAGCUGUCACAUUUUCAUAUUCUUUUGUACAAUACAUGUGUAUAUAUGUAUAUAUUAAAACGUUUUCAGCUUUGGUAUAUGACAGAUGAGCAAUAUUGGCAGCUUUGUUUGGUGAUGCUGCAUAUCAACGUAGGCCUAUAUUUAAUGAUGUAAUGUUGUUAUUUUAAUGGUAUUAGAUAUGAAGUUUAUAUUUUAUUCAUAAACCUAAAAUUUGAAAUGACCUGAA